AAUAUUUGUAAGACUUACUAAAAUACAAAAUUAUCUUACUUCUCCAAAAAAAAUUUCGAACAACACCUUUCAAGCUGUUUCCACUUCACUCCCCCCAUACGAACCCUAAUUCACUGUAAUCACAAUUCGUGGAUAUGCGAAAAUGACGAAGAAAGCAUACAGCAAAAGAAGAAGAAAGGCGAUCAUCGGUUCUACUUCGUCGGAAAGCUCACCGGCGGCAGAAGAAGUAAUUGCGAGCAAUGAAGAUCUCCUUACAGAGAUUCUCUUACGCCUACCCGCCAAAUCCCUGAUCCGAUUCAAGUCCGUCUCCAAGAAUUGGCUCCAUCUCAUCUCCGAUUCUCACUUUGCCGUCAACCACUCUCGUCGAAUUCGCAAUUCCUCCAUGACCUCUGGCUUGUUCUUCUACUUCGACUAUUCUCGUUCAGAGCUUCACUCUGUCUCGCUUCACGACCACCCGUAUCGCAAUCUUCCCACUCUCUCCUUCCUCGACGAUGUUGGAGGAGAUCAUCCAUUUUGGAUUAGAAGCGCUUGCAACGGUUUAAUUUUGUGCCAGAACUAUCAAAUUGUUUGUAAUCGUUAUAGAAAAAAUUACAUUGUUUGUAAUCCAACUACCCAGAAAUUCACUCUACUUCCUCAACUUGAUUGUCUAAGUCUUUCAUAUGAAUCAUUGGGUGUUUACUUGGCUUUUGAUCCUUCAAAAUCACCUCACUACAAAGUUGUUUUCUUUCGAUCCUAUUAUCAAAUUGAUAUCUACUCUUCCGAGACUGCGUCUUGGAAACAGAUCACUGUCAGUGAAUGUGGACCACUACGUGAUUUCCUUGAAGGUGUGUUUUGGAAUGGGGCAAUCCAUUGGUUGAGUCACGAGGAUGUUCACUUUAGAUUUGACGUUGAUGAAGAGAAGCUCAUCAAAACCCAUAAUCCGCCAAGUCCUAAAAUUCUUUCUGUGGACAAGACUAGGUAUUUUGGGGUAUGUGGCAGUCAUUUGUUUCUAAUUCAGAUGCGUUUGCAAAAUGCUAUGGGAUUCAGAAUCCUUGAGAUGGACAGGGUCUCCUUCCAUUGGAUUGUGAAGUGCCGCGUCAAUCUUAGACCCUUAAUUUCUGUAUUCCCUGAGAUAGACAUAGAUGACAGAAGAAAAAUAUACAAAUUUCUUGUGCUAUGUGUUGUGAAGGGAGUCAAUGAAAAUGAUUUCGCAUUGGUGUUAGCUACUGCUGGCAAAGUAGUUUAUUAUGAUCUCAAGUGCAAGACAUCAAAGGUGCUUGUAGAUAAUUUGCCUCUACUUAGCUUUCGUGGAUCAAUUUUUCAUACUUAUCCUUAUUCUCUUGCUUAUCAAUUCGUCGAAGGUCUAUCCCCUGUAUGAGAAAUCUAACAUGUUGGAGCGGGUAUGUUUUUUUUUUCUUUUUUUUCUACAACUUUGUCACACUCAUUUCAUAUAGAUGCUUGUUUUAAAACUUAGUAUGUUGUUGUUGUUGGUGUUUUUUUUUUUUUUUUUUAUUUUUUAAUGUGAUCAUCAUCAUGGCUCUCUAAGAUAAUACUUUUGUUCAGAGUUCCAUAAUGUAUGAUCUGUGUUCUUCAUGUAGAUGGUAUGCCCCCUUUAGUAAAACACAAUCUCAUUUUCCCUCUGGUGAGUAUUUGUUAGAUUGUUGGUCUUUGAUGCUACUAUCAUUAUUUUGAUGAUGCUCACAUUGUCUUUUAAACUGGUCUUAGGUACAUUGUUGGUCAAGGGCUGACAAGUAAUGGAUGUUUACACAUCUUUCUCUG